GAUCAGUCUAGGCGAGUCUAGUGAGUGAGAGGAGGGAGGGGAGUAUUUAGCGUCUACAGUUGUUUAGGGACUCAACUGAAAAUCGCACCUGUUCUGACAGACGCCGCUGAACAUUUCAUCUAUCUGAAGGAUUGUUUGACCGAUUUUUACUACAGUUGCUGCUAGGAGUUUACAGAAGGAUUCAAUAUGCCUAAACCGGUAAAUGUUCGCGUCACUACCAUGGACGCGGAGCUGGAGUUUGCCGUCCAGCCCAGCACCACAGGCAAGCAGCUCUUCGACCAGGUGGUCAAAACCAUCGGUCUGCGGGAGGUCUGGUACUUCGGCCUGCAGCACGUAGAUAGCAAAGGCUACCAUACCUGGCUCAAGCUGGAUAAAAAGGUCUCCUCACAGGACGUGAAGAAGGAGAACCCCCUGCAGUUUAAGUUCCGGGCCAAGUUCUUCCCUGAGGACGUGUCUGAAGAGCUCAUCCAGGACAUUACGCAGAAGCUCUUCUUCAUGCAGGUAAAGGAUGCACUUUUGAGUGAUGAAAUCUACUGCCCACCUGAGACUGCUGUGCUGCUGGCAUCCUAUGCUGUCCAGGCCAAGUUUGGUGACUUCAGCAAGGAGGCACACAAGCCUGGAUACCUCACAUCAGAUCGCCUGUUGCCUCAACGUGUGUUGGAGCAGCACAAGCUGUCUCGAGAGCAGUGGGAGGAGAGGAUCCAGGUGUGGCACGAGGAGCACAAGGGCAUGCUCAGAGAGGAUGCCAUGCUGGAGUACCUGAAGAUCGCGCAGGACCUGGAGAUGUAUGGCGUCAACUACUUUGACAUCAAGAACAAGAAGGGCACGGAGUUGUGGCUGGGCGUGGAUGCGCUUGGGCUCAACAUCUACGAGAAGACGGACAAAUUGACCCCAAAGAUUGGAUUUCCAUGGAGUGAAAUCAGGAACAUCUCCUUCAAUGAUAAGAAGUUUGUCAUCAAGCCCAUUGACAAGAAAGCUCCAGACUUUGUGUUCUACGCCCCUCGACUCCGCAUCAAUAAGCGCAUCCUGCAGCUCUGCAUGGGGAACCACGAGCUGUACAUGCGCCGCAGGAAGCCCGACACCAUCGAGGUCCAGCAGAUGAAGGCCCAGGCUCGCGAGGAGAAGCACCAGAAACAGCUGGACCGGGCCCAGCUGGAGAGCGAGAAGAAGAAGAGGGAGAACAUCGAGCGCGAGAAGGAGCAGAUGGAAAGAGAGAAGCAGGAGCUCAUGAUGCGUCUGUACGAGUUCGAAGAGAAGACCAAGAGGGCUGAGAAAGACCUGCAAGAGCAGAUGCAGCGGGCGAUGCAGCUGGAGCAGGAGCGGAGAAGAGCCGAGGAGGAGGCGGCGCGGCUGGAGGCCGACAGACAGGCCGCCCUGCUGGCCAAGGAGGAGCUGGCCAGACAGGCCGAGGACCAGAUGAAGAGCCAGGAGCAGCUGGCCGCAGAGCUGGCGGAACACACUGCUAGGAUCGCCCUGCUGGAGGAGGCCAGGAAACGCAAGGAGGACGAGGCCAGCACAUGGCAACAGAGAGCCCAGAACGCGCAGGACGACCUGCUGAGGACGCGCGAGGAGCUGCACCUGGUGCUGACGGUGCCGCCACCCCCUCCCCCCCCGCCCGUCAUGGACCACCUGUACGACGGCGACGACGGCGAGGAGAGCACGAGCACGCACAGCGCCGAGCUGCAGAACGAGGGCUUCGAUGACCACCGCCAGGAGGAGGAGCGCAUCACCGAGGCCGAGAAGAACGAGCGCGUGCAGAAACAGCUGCUGGCCCUGACCUCUGAGCUGGCCCACGCUCGUGACGACACAAAGAAGACCCAGAACGACAUCUUGCACACAGAGAACAUGCGUGCUGGACGAGACAAGUACAAGACCCUGCGGCAGAUCCGACAGGGCAACACCAAGCAGCGCAUUGACGAGUUUGAAGCCUUAUAAGAGCAACCCCACACCCUACCCCCACCCCACCCUACCCUACUCCUAGUGAGAGGGGCUGUUAUUAUACCCCCAACCUGCCAUCCUCUGAGAACCUAAGCCCCCUAUGCCAUACCCUUUCUGAGUGGUCACUGCCAGAAACACACACACACACACACACUCUAUAUAUAUAUAUAUAUAUAUAUA